AGCAGUUCAUUCGUGCUUGUAGAACUGUUGAGUGCCGGGAGGAAGGAGAGGAAACGAACCCUGUUAAUUGUAGGAUUCUCCCGUUGUAAUUACCCGGUGUAUCGGUGGAAUAACGACCAGAAGAGGGGUUUUCGUCGGCUUGUACUUAACGGCGGUGUUGCGCAACACGGUUAACGUCGAGCUUUAUCCCCGGGUUUACAGAAGCUGACUUGACUUGAGUCUGUCGGAGAGUGGAGUCGCUCGGCAGUAAGUCCGCCAGUUAGCCUGCCAGCUAGCCACCCCUCACUCCUGCUUACAACAAGUCCCACCCUCUCCCCAAGUACGUGGACGUCGUAAGAAGCUGCAGCGGUGAAGUCGAGUGCUUUUCCCCCUCUCUCAACUUAGACAGCAUCGCUGCACAGCUGGAAGAAAACUAGGUGUCUUCUCUGGAGGGAAACAGUCGCUACACUGGCAAAGAGAGUGGCUAAAAAGAAGAGGCGAAAUAAGACAGAACAAGGAAGACACCGUGAAGGAGGGGACUGGCUAGUUUAGCCGGGGAGGCAGAAUCUCACAUAGAUAGCUAACACCGCCACUGAGCCACGCACAACCAUGAGUAUUGAGAUACCAGUGGGGUUGACAGAACUGCUGCAGGGUUACACCGUUGAGGUGCUUCGACAACGGCCGUCUGACCUGGUGGAUUUUGCAGUACAGUACUUCACCCGUUUGCGAGACACCAGAAGUCAGGAUGGAGCUGGCGCUGGUGGCAAAACGGGAAAAGGAGUGAUGUUUGAUGGAGAGCCAAUGCAAACAGAGUCCAAUGGUGAUGAUGAUGAUGAUGAUGAUGAUUCUGAUUUUGAGCCUCCACCACCCAGCAGAUUCAACAGGAGAGUGUCAGUGUGUGCAGAGGCGUUCAACCCAGACGAGGAUGAUGAGGACACGGAGCCCAGAGUGGUCCAUCCAAAAACAGAUGAACAGCGCUGCAGACUGCAGGAGGCCUGCCGAGACAUCCUCCUCUUCAAAACACUAGAUCAGGAGCAGUUCUCACAAGUGCUGGACGCCAUGUUUGAGUUACUAGUACAGCCCCUGGAGCACGUCAUCGACCAGGGAGACGAUGGAGACAAUUUCUACGUUAUUGAGAGGGGUAUCUUUGACAUAACCGUAUCAGGAACAUGCGUGGGUCAUUAUGACAAUAAGGGCAGCUUCGGGGAGCUAGCACUCAUGUACAACACACCACGAGCCGCCACCAUCAUCGCCACCCAGGAAGGAGCGUUAUGGGGGCUGGACCGGGCCACAUUUCGUAGACUCAUUGUGAAGAACAAUGCCAAGAAGAGGAGGAUGUACGAGUGUUUCAUCGAGUCUGUGCCCUUACUCAAAUCACUGGAGGCAAACGAGAGGAUGAAGAUAGUGGAUGUAUUAGGAGCAAAGCAGUUCACAGAUGGUGAGCGCAUCAUCACACAGGGCGACGGGGCAGACUGCUUCUAUAUCGUAGAAUCUGGGGAGGUCAAGAUCAUGAUGAAGAGUAAAACGAAGGCAGACCACGCAGACAAUGCGGAGGUGGAGCUAACGCGCUGUAGCAGGGGUCACUACUUCGGGGAGCUGGCCUUGGUCACUAACAAGCCCCGGGCCGCCUCAGCCUACGCAGUGGGCAAUGUCAAGUGUUUGGUAAUAGACAUACAGGCGUUUGAGCGCCUCCUGGGCUCCUGUAAGGAGAUCAUGAAGAGGAACAUCGCCCACUAUGAGGAGCAGCUGGUGGCCCUGUUCGGCUCCAGCAUGGACCUGAGAGACUGAGCCUCCCACACCACCCUCCGUGCCUUCUAUUACAUACACACACACACACAUACACACACACACACACAAACAUAUGUCCUCCCUCACAUCAUGCAGUGGCUUUACGGACUCAUUAAAAGCUUUACAUAGGCCAUGCCAAUUGUUUUUGGCUCACUUUUAAGUACAUAUAUGCCCGCACACAGUAUGACAACACACACACACACACACACACACACACACACACACACAUACAUGUACACUGACACCUAUGUAGGCACUGAGAGACGCUCACUUUACUUAGUCUGCUCACCCUCAUGCACAUACAACACACUCCUUGAUAAGCUGUCUUUGUAGAUGCACAGACAAAUAAACUCACACAUAGACAGCAAGUUGAAGGCCACACAUUGUGUUGCUUGAGCCAGCUUCAACCUCAUAGUAUGAAUGUCUUUGCUGCAAUUGCCUAAUACAGGCAAGGCACGCAAGGACGUAUCAUGCACACAUACUCCACACACGUUUAAAAAAACAGAUCGUCACGCUUCAUAGGUGCAGGCUUUGCAUUCAUGUGAGCGCUUAAACAACCCGAGAGUUGUUCCAACAAGCCUCAGCAAGGGACACACCAACAUGCAAACACAGACAGGCGUACAGAUACAGACCCGCAAAAACACAAGGGUUACCACACUUGCAAAAACAGUCAUAUUGUGGUAAAAUGGAGAUUAAAACUUUAAGAAUCUCUCAAAGGAAAAAAUCAAAAUGCAAAAAAAAAAAAGAAGUUUAAAGAAGACAGAUAAGUUUUAGAAACGUUUUAUGAAGAUAAAAAAAACAGAAGCUUUGAUAAAAUAUUAUUUAAAUAAAAAAAAGUGUUUCCUCUUUGGGAGGCCGGGGUGCAGAACUUUGGGGCGCGCUCCAUUCCUUCCUCUACUGUUGUUGAUUGAGUUGAGUUAGUGCUGGUGAUUAUUGCAGUACCACAGAAGAAGCAGUGAAAACAAUAACAACCCGACGUUUUCUGGGCAAUUGUUAUUCUAUCAUUGACGCCACACUUCAUUGUAUUGAAUUAAUUAUUAAUGUAUUGUUAUUAUAUAUUCAUUUAUUAUUUUUUGUUUUACUUUGACCAAUUCUGAUAAAAUUCAUCAUCCAUCUCUGACAAAAUGUUUAAAAAAAAUGAAGAAAAAAAUUCUAAUGAAAACAGUAGUGCUUAUUUCUCCUUGAUUAUCCUUGAAUGAGUUGUCCUGGAUAGAAGAAAAAAAAUGAAAAAAAUAAAGCAAACAUUUUGUUAAAAAAUGUG